AUUAGAAAAUAAAAAUAGGAACUGAAAAUUAGGGAAUAGAGACCAUGAAUUUAUAACUUUGCAGCCUAUGAUAGUAGGAAUUUGCUAAGGAUUUAUGACAUUUAUGCUAAUCGAUUUCAAUAACAAAACGGGAUUUACCCAGGUUCCGGGAGCAACACCUGAUAUCCGUUCUAUUAUUGGGGGAGAUGCUUGGUUCCAAGUCGCCAUCCAGGUCCUGCCAGAGACCACGUCGCUCUGGGACUCGGCUUUCGUCUUUGCCUCUAUAGCUGCAUCUGUAUAUGAUACGAAUGUGGUCCAGUUCUACUUGAAAAGUCAGGUCACUUUCUGGAGACCAUUAACUGCGAUCAGGCAAGGUGAUGCUCAACAUCCUCCAGACCCGACCUGGUCGCCUGUGCAGCUUACCCUAGAUGCAGAGUAUCCCAGCGGCGCUGUCGUUAUUGCCACCGCUGGAAUCCAUGCGCUGGAGAGCUAUCUUGGAACGAGCGACGUCUCAUUCACUUUGACAAGACUUGGUGUAACUAGAACGUUCAGAUCAUUGUACGAGUACACUGAUUUCGUGGCUGAGUUUAGGUAAGAACCUCCAUCUCCAUUUGCCAAUUCUCCUCAAACUACUCCAGCAGGAAUCCAAUUGCUUUGCCUCCAUCAGGCUCCAUGUGCAGAGAAGCUCUUUGCUUAAUUUGUCG